AUGACUACCAUUCGCCUUAUAUCAGUAAUAGGCGCAACCGGAGCGCAAGGAAUUCCCGUGGUAAAAGCUCUGGUGUCGUCCGGGCAAUACACGGUCCGAGCCCUUACCCGAGACUCAACAAACGCCCGUUUCAAGGAACUCCAAUCUUAUGGACCUGUUGAGCCCGUCAUCGGUACUUUCGCCUCGGAAUCUGACCUUCGCAGUCUAUUCCGUGGCGCCUGGGGUGCUUUCGUCAAUAUUGAUGGGUUCAACAGCGGGGAGAAGUCAGAAAUCUUCUGGACCAUCCGUGCCUGGGAACUUGCUAUUGAGGCAGGCGUUCAGCUCUUCGUUCUUGGUAAUUUGGACUAUGCGUACAAGAAAUCUGGAUUUCGUCCACAGUUCCAUGCUGGGCAUUAUGACGGUAAAGGGCGUGUGGGUGAGUUUAUACUCUCCCAGAAUAGGGAUACGGAAUUUAGGACCCUGGUCAAAAUGCGCUCUGCACUAUUCACCACCGGACCAUAUAUUGAGAUGACCCUUGGAAAGGCGACUCCCUUUGCACCCGUAGUGGAAAACGAUACAGCUGUUUGGCGUAUCCCACUUGCAGGUGGUGCGGUGCCUUUUACAGCUCUCGAUGAUUGUGGCUUUUAUGUCAAGUAUCUCUUCGAUCACCCUGCCGAGGCAGAUGGAUUGGACCUUGCCGUAGCGUUGGAUCAUGUAACGUUCACCGAAUACACCCGCGCUUUCACAGCUGUGACAGGCCAUCCAGCUCAGUGGGAUGAUGUCGAUUUGCAGAAGCAUCUCGAAACAGUUUUUGGGCCCAAAGUCGACUCCCCCGCCGGGUACAACGCGGAUCCGAACGAUCCAGCGACGAUGACACUGCGCCAGAACUUCGGGGCAUUCUUCGAGGUUUUCAGAAACUCUGGUGAUAACAAGGGAAUUUUGAAGCGAGAUUACGAGUUUCUGAAUCGCAUUCACCCCGGAAGGAUUAAGAGUGUCGAGGAGUGGCUGCGAAGGCAGGAUCAGAAAGGGCCUGGAGAUCUUUGGAGCCGCACCAAGGAGCUGCAUCACGUACUUAAGAUACUGGAAGAGGGAAGAACUGGGAAAAUCUGA